UUUAGUACAGCUGUUUCUUUUGUCUGUUUUGUCUGCAUGAACACUAAACCUAAAAAAGAGGGAGAUUUUGAACUUAUUGCCAUCGAAGGACUCUUUCCGAGUCCUGAUUCUGAAAACAUGGCGAAGGGCUCACUUCCUCCUUUAUUCACACUUCAGGACUCACUUCCUCUCCUAUAUAAACCAUCACACUUCCUUUCGCCGUCUUCACCACCAAACCCUAGCUUCGUCUCCCAUCCUCAUCCUUUACCUUUGGUUUAUUCAUCUGAAUCUCCAUGACGAUUCUCAUCGACCACUCUGAUCACAAUGAUGCAGGUAAUGAUAAUGUAGAGAAGAAUGUAACAGAGGAAGAAACAGAGUUGGUGUUAGAUGAUGGAGGUUUUGUGGCUCCUCACACCAACUCUUUUGGUCACACCUUCAGUGAGAGGAGGAGAAGUGUGGAGGAGUUUUACAAAACAAAUCAUAUUGGCCAAACCGUUGACUUCGUUAGGAGGAUGAGAGAGGAAUACGGAAAGCUAAACCGAACCGAGAUGAGUAUUUGGGAAUGCUGUGAGCUUCUUAACGAGUUUAUCGAUGAGAGUGAUCCUGACUUGGACGAGCCUCAGAUCGAACAUUUGCUUCAGACAGCUGAAGCCAUCAGAAAAGAUUACCCUGAUGAAGACUGGCUCCAUUUGACCGGUCUUAUCCAUGAUCUUGGAAAAGUUCUUCUCCACUCUUCAUUUGGUGAGCUUCCUCAAUGGGCUGUUGUUGGUGAUACAUAUCCAGUGGGAUGUGCUUUUGAUGAGUCUAUUGUUCACCACAAGUACUUCAAGGAGAAUCCAGACUUCAACAGCCCGAGUUACAACACCAAGUACGGGAUAUACAACGAAGGCUGUGGGCUUGACAACGUGUUCAUGUCUUGGGGGCAUGAUGAUUACAUGUACCUGGUUGCCAAGAAGAACAAGACUACAUUACCAUCGGCUGGCCUUUUCAUUAUCAGAUACCACUCGUUCUACGCGCUUCACAAGUCAGAAGCAUACAAGCAUUUGAUGAACGACGAGGACAGAGAGAACAUGAAGUGGCUGAAAGUGUUUAAUAAGUUUGAUCUCUACAGCAAAAGCAAAGUCCGUAUUAAAGUUGAGGAAGUGAAACCAUACUAUCUCUCCCUUAUCAACAAGUACUUUCCGGCAAAGUUAAAAUGGUGAAACUCAGUCACAAGUAGGAGGAGGAGGCUUUCUAAUAAAGUUGGAUGUGAUGAGAAUGUGACUCAAAUAUGUGUAAACUUAAAAGGCAGAAAAUGUGCCUUGAUGAAUAAAUCAGAGUGUUGUUUCAUUUUUGCUAAUAUUAUUUCCCAGUGGUACAUUUCGGUUGAAAGUCUAAAAAGUAUUUGUCACUCA